AUAGAGCUGGGAAAAGCAAAAAUUUCUAACUUUUCCAAUAAUCGAAAACAAAAAGAGCAUCGUCCUUCAAUACGACUAAACGCCGACACAAGGAUUGAUAAAAGUGAGGAAUAAAGACAAUUGCCAACUGCCAGCAAUCAAAAUUAAAAAAGGAAUGAAAUUAAAAUGGCGGUCGCAGAGCCGCGCAUGCGCGUGCCAUCGACUGGCUCACUGGCACGGCACAGGCACUGCUUAGCGGCAGUUCGCCGUUCGCAUUGCGUUGUGAUGUCCGCGCUCGAAUGGGAGGCGCGGGAUGGGCGCGCGGCGAAGCGCGCGUAGCUGAUGACUCCGACUUCGAAGCACUCAAGAAACUCCUCGCCUCCGAAGUAGGCUGGACCCUGGAGUACGAGAAAGAAGGCGUCAAAGUGUGGGCCGAGGAUGCGGCUCACGGCGCGCUUAGAACUGUCAAGGUGGUGGCAGAGUUUGAGGACGUGGAGCCGGACGCCCUGUAUGAUGUCCUCCAUGACCCGGAGUACAGGUCUGUCUGGGACACCCACAUGCUGGCCGCUGAAGAUGCAGGCCACAUUAACGUUAACAACGACGUCGGGUAUUAUGCCAUGUCAUGCCCAGCGCCUCUCAAGAACCGUGACUUCGUGCUGCAGCGGUCGUGGCUGGACACGGGCGACGAGAAGAUGAUCCUCAACCACUCCGUCUUCCACAAGGAUUAUCCGCCGAGGAAGGGUUAUGUCAGAGCCAUGUCACUGCUAACGGGGUUCGUGGUGCGCACGCGAGCUGGUGCGGGCAGCUGGCUGGGCUAUGUCUCCCGGUCAGACCCCAGGGGAGCACUGCCUGCGUGGCUCGUCAACAGGGUAACAGCCCAGCUAGCUCCUCGGUUGGUGCAGCAGCUACACGCGGCUGCUCGUCGGUACCCUGGCUGGAAGGCCCUGACAGACCUGCCGUACCACAAGCCCUGGAGACACCCUGAACAGGUCCCGCCGCAUAGAAUCUCGUUAGCUGAUUGCGUAGACCCCGACGCGCCACCACCUCCCGAAGAACCAAAACCAGACACAUCAAAAACCAAGCUAGAAGUACCAGCCAAGGAGAUUGAAAGCCACAGCGUCGAAGAUCUAGGAGACAUCUCCUCAGAAUUCAGCGUGGAAGUUGAAGAAGACACCUUAGACCAGGCCCAGGACCCGAAGAAAAAAGGCAAAUUCUACAAGCUAGUUAAAUCUAUGAAGAAUAGGAGGAAAAGCGUGCAGGUGGCCAAGAGUGCUGAUAACCUUGCUGACAAGCCGGUGGAGGAUCGCAUGGAGAAGAAGAAGGGGUUCAAGUUUCAUAGGAGAUUCAGUCUCAGUAGAGGAAGGGAGGAUUGAGCUUAUACGCGUUGUGAAUUAGGUAAUGAGUAGGUAUUGGGAAGAUUGUGAACCAUGUGAAAAAAGGUAAAAUUGAGGCCAUUCAUAAGGAUAAAUAAUAAAAGUAUCUAAGACGUAUUAACUAAUUUUGGGUUCUUGACGACGACAUUCUGAAUUUCUAACCUCAAGAUUUUAUUUAUUUCUUCAGAAAGGGACUCUAAACUACACUACUACGCUACUUUAACCUCCCCGCUCAGAAAAAUUUUACCACUCCUUAGUGACGGGAUGUCAUACAAAUCCUUCACUAAGGAAUGGCUAAAGUAACCAUUAAAUGUCUCUGAGUGGGGAGGUAAAUCCUGAAGUUGGCUGUAUUACUCAUAUGGUUCACACUCGGCUCGCUGUUGUUUAAAAAGUCAGUUGGUUCCCUCGAAAUGCCAAAAAUACUGCAGUUGUUGAUGUUAAUCUUCUACCGUUGAAGUGCAGAAGCCAGCAUAUCAAGCUACUCCAAUCUGUCAAUCAAUAAUGAACCUUAUCCUUUGGAGAUAAAGUUGAAAAUCUUUUGAAGACUAGCUUCCACCCGCGGUUUUACUCGCAUCCCAAAAUAACUGUUUCUCGUAGCCAGAUGGUGACAAUAACUAUCCUAUGUCUUUCUCCCGGGUCUAAGCUACCUUCUCUCUAAUUUUCAGCUCAAUCGGUCCUGCCAUUCUCGCGUGAUGGCGUGACCAAGAGAUUCGUUUUUAUAUGUAAGGAUAUUUGACGGAUUGUGGUUGGUAGCUUGAUUUGCUGAUGUCCGUACAUUCUAGAUGUGUAUAAUACGACUAUCUUUCUACGUAAUGUAAAUAAUUCAAUUUAUCUUAUUGACAUUUUUAUUCACUUACCAUUCAUUUAUCUCUGCAACCUACUUUUUGAAUGGUUAUUUCUAUAAUGCCGGGUACACACACUACAUCAAAAUUGGUCGAAAUAUUAUUGUACCUAGGUAAUGAUUUUCAGAUUUACUUAAAAUAUUAGUUGGACUUUAGUGUUGCUACAAAAGAUUUAACAAACGUCUGUCACGUGUUUUAUGUUUUUUUUUAUACAUAGAAUCGUAACUGUAUAAACGUUAUCUGUUUUUUUGAAUGAAGAAUAUUGUAUUAUGUUUUGUGUAUGUGUGGCUUUACAUCUACAAUGUCCGCUGGUGUAACCACGGCAUAAAUAUGUACCUACAAAGACUUCUGUCCAAGGUUCAUAGCUUCUUCAGCAGUGUCAUAACAAAUUAUAAGAUAUAUAACCGUGUUAUUUCUAUUUACGAAGCCAUAUAAUCAUUAUUAUUUCUGUUUAAUGCUUUAAAGGGAUUGUCAGAAGCUAGUGGCCUGUCAUUAUUUACUGUGUGUAUUUUAUAUGUUAAAACAGUUUUUAUAGUGUAUGAACAUCAAAAUGCUUAUACGUGAAACCGAAUGCAUUAAUAAGACAUAUCCAGAAGCGAACAUUAAAAACUAUAUGCCACCAAACUUAUCGGACUCCCUCCUGCCUGAUAAAAGUCCUCGUAAGCUGGAGAAGGCCGGAUCUCUGGAGUCGUGUGCUUCCUCCACCGAGCAC